AUCGCGUGCCUAUAUAUUGAAUAGGUAGAGAUGUACCACUUAUCGGUGCGCCUAGGGUUUCAGUAUCGGUGGAGAGAGAGAGAGAGAUGGCUACAUCCAAGGCUAAGGAGAUCGUUUCCGCCAACCCCGUCGUCGUCUUCAGCAAGACGUACUGUCCGUUCUGCGUGAGCGUGAAGAAGUUGCUCACUGAGCUCGGUGCCUCCUUCAAGGCUAUUGAGUUGGACACUGAAACUGAUGGGAGCGAGAUUCAAUCAGCACUGCGUGAAUGGACUGGACAGGGGACUGUGCCUAAUGUGUUCAUUGCUGGCAAGCACAUUGGUGGAUGUGAUGCCACCACUGCCAUGCAUAAGGGAGGGAACCUCAUGCCAUUGCUAAAUGAAGCUGGUGCAGUUGCUAAAUCUUCAGCUUAGAGGCUUUAUCCUAUCUGUCGAUAAGUGUUAUGAACACUAUGCUAAUAAAAGUGUUGCUGUCUAUUUUAGUUGCUUGUGUAAGUGUACUCCGUUGCGUUCUCGAAAACCAAUUUAAUCUUUUAUAUGAAGUUGUGAAUUGAGGUGAUGAUUUAUGGGCAGCAUAUAUUUAAAUAUAUGGUGAAAUAGUUCUAAUCUGGUUGGGUGGAAGGGAGGGAGGGAGGGAGGGAGGGA